AGCACGUCAGGAAAUUUGUACUCUUUACUAACAUGGCUUAUUUCGAAAGUAAUGACCGGAAUUCGGGCGUUUCCGCCACAUCAGCUUGGCAGUCGUAGAGCAGAGGCAGGAUCCUCUCUGUGAUGUUUUGGUCCAGUCGACCCCACUCUCCAAAAUGACAGCGAGGAAGUCUGGCUCACGACUGGAGACCGAGAUAGAGCGGUGCCGUUCGGAGAGCCAAUGGGACAAGAUACCGGAGUUAGUGCGACAGCUCUCAGCCAAACUCAUCUCAAAUGAUGAUCUAGGGGAGCUGCUGCUGGGAGAAUGCAAGCUUCAAACAUACUUGAAGGAGAAUCCCAUUAAACAGGGAACCAGUCCCAAGGGCCCGAAUCCUAAACUGGUGGAGAUCAGGAAGCAUCUUACUGCUGCUCUGGACAGAGGAAACCUCAAGGCGGAUUACUUCCAAGAAGCCAGUCUGCUGAUGGCCAAACUGUGCUAUGUGGAGGGAGAAUGCAGAGCUGCCUUAGAUCAUUACAGCAAGGUGAACCUUGAUGACAUGCAGCUGGUGGGAGCUCCAGUGUACAGACUGUCGAUUAUAGCUGAGGCCUAUGCUACUAAAGGAUUGUGUCUAGAAAAGGUUCCAGCUGCCUCUCCAUCACUGUCAAAUAGGAACACCGGGUCUCCGUCAUCCAACAAGAACAUGACAGAGCGGGACCUGGAAAUUAUCACCUGCUAUGAGAAGUCUGGUGACAUUGCUCUCCUCUACCUGCAGGAGGCUGAGAAGGCACUGUCAGUGGGCAUACAGAACCGCAGUCCAAAGCCCGGCCCCACUGCCCAGGACCAGGAGCUCGGCUACUUUCUGGAGACAGGCCUGCAGAGAGCCCAUGUCAUCCAUUUCAAGAAUGGCAACCUGACACGAGGAGUGGGUCGAUUUCGGGAGAUCCUCCGGGCUGUUGAGACCAGAACCACCCAGAAUCUGCGUAUGACCAUAGCCAGACAGCUUGCAGAGAUCUUGCUCAGAGGAAUGUGCGAACAGAGUUACUGGUCUCCACUAGAAGACCCACCCACAGUGUCACCAUUGGACGAUCCCACACGGCAAGGACACAUUCACAGCAAGAACUUCAGCCUCAGCCGCCGCCCACGAGUGUACUCAGGAGAGAAUCUGUUUUGCCCUCAGGAAAACACAGAAGAAGCUCUCCUUCUACUGCUGAUCAGUGAGUCCAUGGCUAAUCGUGACGCUGUCCUUAGCAGAAUUCCUGAACACAACAAUGAUCGUAUCAUCAGCCUGCAGUCGGCCUCUGUGGUGUACGACCUGCUGACGAUAGCUCUGGGCCGGAGGGGGCAGUAUGAGAUGCUGUCAGAGUGUUUAGAGCGAGCCAUGAAGUUCGCCUUUGAGGAGUUCCAUUUGUGGUACCAGCUUGCCUUGUCACUGAUGGCAGCUGGUAAAUCAGCUCGUGCUGUUAAGGUCCUCAAAGAGUGUAUUCGUCUAAAACCUAAUGAACCCACCAUCCCACUGCUGGCCGUCAAGCUGUGCAUCGGACCCCUGCACUGGUUGGAUGAGGGGGAGGGCUUUGCAAAGAUGGUGAUUGACAUGGGGGAGAAAGCAGCUGAGUUUCGAGCCAAAGGCUACUUGGCCAUAGGUUUGGUUUACAGCCUCAAAGCCACAGAUGCAUCCUUGCGCAGCACCCAGGAGGACUACCAACGGAAAGCUUUGGGAGCCUUCCAGAGAGCUCAAAGUCUGUCCCCCACUGACCAUUUAGCAGCCUUUUACCUGGCGCUUCAGCUCGCUGUGUCUAGACAGAUCCCCGAGGCUCUAGGUUAUGUCCGACAGGCGCUGCAGCUUCAGGGGGAUGACGUUCACUCCCUCCAUCUGCUGGCCUUGCUGCUCUCUGCUCAGAAACACUACCAUGAUGCUCUCAACAUCAUUGAGAUGGCUCUGUCCGAGUACCCCGAGAACUUUAAUCUGCUGUACACCAAGGUGAAGUUGGAGGCGAUGUGCCGGGGACCAGAAGAAGCUCUGCUCACCUGUAAACACAUGCUGCAGAUUUGGAAGAGCUUUUACAACCUCACCAACCCUAGUGAUUCGGGGCGUGGCAGCAGCCUGUUGGACAGAGCUAUUGCAGACAGACGACAGCUCAACGCUAUGACUCUGCCCGACUUCAGUGAUCCUGAGACAGUCUCAGGUUCUUCCUCUUCUUACUGUGGUUCUGAACCGGUCUCCCCAGCGUCACCAUCCACCUUUUCCAACAUCUCCUCCCCGCUGCCUUCUCCUUCCUCCCCUGUCUUCAUCUUACAGCCCCCGCCUCCGGCACCACCCAAGACCCAAACUUCCCACCCUCCUCACCCCCCAAACCCUUGUUACCCUUCUUACCCUCCUCACCCCCCUGACCCUCCUCAUCAUCCUUGUGCACCCACCAAGGCCAGGACUCACUUUUGCAACCACAUCACUUGCCGCCAGCUCUCCUCCAACUGCGGCCUUCAGGACGCUAACACUCUUGGUUUUUCCUCCAUGUUUUCUGUUUGUUCGGUGCACGCGACGUCCAUCGCAGCCAGCCGUGUGGAGCAGGCCCUGUCUGAGGUGGCCUCCUCCCUGCAGAGCAGCGCACCGAAGCAUGGCCCCCUGCACCCCUGGAUGACCUUAGCGCAGAUCUGGCUGCACGCAGCUGAGGUCUACAUCGGCAUGUCCAAACCUGCAGAAGCCUCCGCCUGCACACAGGAAGCCGCCAACCUUUUCCCCACAUCCCAUAACGUGCUGUACAUGAAGGGACAGAUAGCCGAGCUGAAGGGCAACAUAGACGAGGCCAAACGCUGGUACGAGGAGGCCCUGUCCAUCAACCCGACACACGUCAAGUCCAUGCAGAGACUGGGUCUGAUUCUCCACCAGCUGCAGCGCUACAGUUUAUGUGAAAAGGUCCUGAGGGAUGCUGUGCAGGUCAACAGUACGGCUCACGACGUGUGGAACAGUCUGGGCGAGGUGCUGCAGGCUCAGGGCAACGCCGCAGCUGCCACCGAGUGUUUCCUCACCGCCUUGGAGCUGGAGGCCAGCAGCCCCAUCCUGCCCUUCACCAUCAUACCCAGAGCACUAUGAGACAAAGGCUCCGUAGCCUCAGUACUGUAACACAGUGGCACAAAUGAUGGACCUGCACACUUCACACUCCCCUCACAUACACACAGCAUGCCUGCAUGACACUCAGACAAGGUUUUACUGCAUCCUCAGAGCCACAUAUAGAAAAACAUAUAGUAUAAAUAUACAUACAUGCUUUCCCAAAUGUUCCCAAAAUGCCUUGCUGUAUAGAGAUGGGUUCAGGUACCUGUUUCCUUUUGGGACUCAAGCUCUGAGAAGAUUCUGAGCUGAACACAGACUAAGUAGAACUCUCUCCAACGAUGUCUCUGCUGGUGGUUGUGAUGUCUGUCUGGUGUGCGUGUGUGUAUGCGUGCGCUCAUAUACUGGUCACGCGUGUUGUUUGUGGCUGUGCAUGUGCACCCAUCUUUGUGUACGUGUGCCAAAUUGUCACCCGUUCAUAUUUGCUGUCUGGUCGUGUGUGAUUUGUAGUAUGCUGUGUUGUCUUUCUGAUUUAUUGUACUGCGCAGAGAAGUGUUUCAAGGUGAAACUGAGAUACACAGACUUUCUCACAUUUCAUAUACUGAUGGUAAAGCUAGCGAAUCUGAUAAAACUAUAGGAUGGACAGGAAAUCAGUGUCAUUAAUGUGUUGAUUUAAGCCAAAUCAUAAUAACGAUGAUCUUAUAAAGUGAAACGAACACUUCUGCUGAUGUUACUGUAUGCCUGGCUCUGAGAAUCUGGAGUACUGAUGGCAUGAUCUGCGAGGCCUAAAUGCCAAAACACAGGCUGCAUUUACACAUAUACACAAGAAGUAUUCGAAAACUAAAAGUAUUUAAUUUCAUCUAUACAAAUGUCAACGUAACCACAACAAUAUACAUCUUAAAGCAGAUAAUUGCCAAAGCAAAGCUUGCUUGAGUGUUGGUGAAGCUAAGCUAAUUGGAUCUAGCGUCGUGCCACUUUAUCUCAUCGAACACUAAGGAAAAACAAACAUAUUUCUCAGAAUGGCGAUUGGUUGCAAAUCACGGAUGAUCUGCACAGAUCUGGGAUCUGUGUCUUCGUCUCGUUUAUUAAACCAGACUAUUUGUUGUGUGUAAAUGCAACCACAGUAAUCGUCUCAUGUGUGACCUGACACAUUCGUGUUAAAUACAACCAGAUGAAAAUAGUUUUGUUUUUUAAUUUUGAUUAUAAAUACAAAGAACUGUUUGUAUAUUUGAUUGUUCCAAGUUUGUCAAUAUUGUUAUUCUUUUAGUAAGUAAUUGAUUCUAUUUUCUGGAGAGUGAUGUUAUUGAGAUGCUGGAGGAGAAAUAAAAGGAUGAACUGAUUCAGUUUGUUUGUACUGUAUGAGCUCAGUCAGUCAGAGUCCUUCGUGCUGUAAAUUAUGACCAAUAUAAUAAAAGUGGUUAAAAACAA